AAAUAAUGAUAAAUAAAUCUUUCAGGGAUCGGGGCUCUAAAUGAGUUCGACUUCUCUCUGACACCUCUUCUAACAUGUUCCGGUUUCUUCAUAAUGUACUUGGUGGAAGAACUGGUCCACACGUACAUUCACUACCGAGAGAGGAAGAACGGCCAGGUGGCGCCACUAGUCAGGAACUUGAGUGUUCGUCAGAGCCGCAGCGGAGUCAGCAAUGGAGAGAAGAGCGUUAACAAUUCGACUGCAGACCUUGUUGAGCCAAAAAAGGACAUUGAAAGCCAUCAUCACCACCACAAUGGACAUGGACACUCACACCACCACAGCCAUAUGCCAAUGAACGUGGGUGAUGACGUAACUGCUGCUCUAAGAGGAUUACUCAUUGUGCUUGCUCUGUCUAUCCACGAACUGUUCGAGGGUUUGGCAGUCGGUCUAGAAUCCAGCACUUCUCACGUCUGGUAUAUGUUAGGAGCUGUUUCAGCCCAUAAGCUCGUCAUUGCCUUCUGCAUUGGUGUGGAACUGAUCGCUACACGUACCAAGACUGUGCUGAUGAUAGUGUACAUCACAACUUUCGCCAUUGUUUCGCCCUUGGGUAUCGGAAUUGGUUUGCUGUUAGUGGGAGGUGAAGGUGCUACUGCUGCCGGUAUCUCGUCUGUGGUUCUCCAGGGUCUGGCAUCAGGAACUCUGCUCUACGUUAUCUUCUUUGAAAUCUGGAAAGGCGACAGAUCCGGCAUCUUGCAGUUCAUCGCUUCCAUAGUCGGGUUCUUCAUCAUGUUCGGUCUACAGUUGUUAACUGGUCACUCACACUCACACUCCCACGGCGACCAUGGUCACAGCCACAACAGGAAAUAA